AUGAGAGCACCACGUUUUACUUGCGACGAGACGACGACGCCGACGAUGGUUGCACAGCAGCAUAAACAAUCUGAAAAUAAACUUUUUAUAAUGUUGUUAAAAUUAUUUAACAGGUUAUCUCCAGUUUUUAAUGUCUUCAUGGCUAAUUUACCACAAGUUCUGGAUCAAAACCAUAUUAUGGGUACUUUUAUGAUUCAACCAUUCCUAUCUAUAUUGCAAAACUGCCCAUGCCCACCCCAUUACAAAUUGUAUGAAGAGAGUAUAAUACCAACGUUCAGCCUAUGGCAUUUAGAAGCCUAUUGCAGAAAAUCAUGGCUUAUGGCUGUGCUUGUGAUACUGUACAAGUACGAGUACAAGUCAGCUCAUUGGUGUGACAUGCUUCAGUGUCUAAUGAAAAUAGUUAUUCAUACUCUUGAUGGGCAGUAUCAUAAAUGUAAACACGUUUCAUCUACUACUGUUGUAGAAAAUAUUUCUUUGAGGCGAAAAGAUCUCCAAGAAUCGGUAGAAUCCUACGAUACAUCGUGUGCGAUUGGAGCCUUAAUUGAAAAUAUGUCUGUAAAUGCGAGUGACACAGCUCAACGAGAAACUACACAACCAUUAUCUUCAUUCACAAAAGAAAAUCCAAAUGCAUGUACAAUAUCUCAGUACGAUUCUUCUGAAAGGUCUUCUAAUGAGCAUAAAAAAAAAGAACCAAGCAACUACGAGACUUCCCAUGUAUUACGUACGUCAGACAGUUGCAUUACAGAGGUUACGUGA